GGAAGUGACGCGGAGGCGGAGCCAUGGCGGACGCGGUGGCGGAGCUGCUGUUUCUGGACACCUUUAAACACACCAGCUCUGAGCAAAAUACACAUGUGGAUGUAGUCCGCUUUCCUUGUGUGGUUUACAUAAAUGAAGUUCGUGUCAUUCCUCCUGGAGUCAAAGCUCAUAAUAGCUUGCCUGACAGCAGGGCAUAUGGGGAGACCUCCCCACAUGCUUUUCAGUUGGAUUUGUUUUUCAACAAUGUCAGCAAACCAAGUGCACCCGUUUUCGACCGAUUAGGAAGUCUUGAUUAUGAUGAAAAUGCAUCUAUCAUUUUUAGACCGAACAGUAAGGUCAAUACAGAUGGAAUUGUCCUGAGAGGCUGGUACAACUGUCUGACCUUGGCAAUUUAUGGGACUGUAGACCGUGUGAUAAGUCAUGACCGAGACUCCCCUCCUCCACCUCCACCUCCACCUCCUCCACCACAGCAGCAGCAACAACCGCAACAGCAACAAGUUCAGCAGCAGCAACACCAGCUGCAGCAACAGCAACCAGCUCUUAAAAGGAGCAUAAAACAUGAUUGGGAUAAGGAGGAUCAGUACAAUGAAAAUCCCCCAAGACCACAGCCAAGGGGACCUCGAACACCUCCAGGGCCCCCUCCACCCGAUGAUGAUGAAGAGGAAGCAUUGCCUCAGACUGUAGGUGUGGAUAAAGCGGAUGAAACUGAACACAGGGAGGAUUAUUUUGAACCCAUUUCUCCAGAUCGUUCUUCUAAUCACCAGGAGGUACAGUUUUCUGAUGGUGAAGAAGAGGAAGAGCCUCCAGAUGAUGAAGAUGAAGAGGAGGAGGAGGAUGCAGUAGAAGGGGAAGAUGAAGAUGAGCGCACUGUGGAAAGCAUUGAAGAGGAGGAUGAUGUAGAGGAGGAAGCAGAAGUUGAUGAAGAUGAUGGGUAUGAACAAAUAUCCAGCGAUGAAGAUGGAAUUGCGGAUCUAGAACGUGAAAAUUAUAAAUUGAGCUUUGACCUUGAGUAUACAGUUGAAGAUCUGGCAUCUGUGCCUCCCUUGGCGUAUGACCCUUAUGACCGAGAGAUAGGACCUCUUUUAUACUUUAAUCCUCCCUAUAGGACUAAAUAUGAGAAUGAAGUAGCUAGAUUAAAGGAACUUGACAUAGAGAAAGCAGGUAUAGGGAAUAUAGAUGCUGCAAUUAAGUUGAAGGAACUUCUUGAACUCUACAAAGAUGAUAGGGGUGCCAAAUGGGUAAUGGCUUUGGAAGAGAUACCAAGUUUACUAGUUAAAGGUUUGAGUUAUGUUCAGCUAUUUGAAAGUGAUCAGGACCAUCUAAAACAACUUGUAGAGUGGACUAUGGAUGCUUUAAGCCUUCACACAGCUGUAACACAGCCUAUAGCAUUGAAUGUAAGGCAGCUUAAGGCUGGGACGAAACUUGUUUCAUCUUUAGCUGAAUGCGGGUCCGAAGGAGUUUCAGCCCUUUCAGAGGCAGGUAUUAUUGAUAGACUGUUUGUUCUGUUGUUUGCAGAACAUAUGUCAUCUUCAUUGAAACUAAACACACUCAAAGCUUUGGACAGUGUUGUUAGUAUCACAGAAGGAAUGGAAGAAUUCUUAAAUACCAAAGUAGAGGAACAAGGAAAGAGUGGGUAUCAAAGAUUAAUGGAGCUAAUACUGACUGACCAAACUGUGAGAGUUGUGACUGCUGGCAGUGCUAUAGUUCAAAAAUGCCAUUUCUAUGAAAUCUUAUCAGAUCUGGAGAAGAUGGCAGCCCACCUAGCAGAAAGUACUCCUGUCCCAUCAAAUAUAAAUGAGGCAGAUCAUGAUGUUAAUAUUGGACGAGAAAAAGGAAGUAAGGAUAACGAUGAAGGGGAUCUUGAGACUCCCACAGAUUUGGACCAUUUGUUGGAAGCUUCCAAUAUUAGUGAAGUCGAAGUGGAGAAACUUGUAAGCAUUCUUGAUGAACUUCUGCAUUUGUUGGAGGCUGCACCUUAUUCAAUGAUACAACCACCUGUUAAGUCAUUUCCAACAGCAGCUCGUAUCACAGGUCCUCCAGAAAGGGAUGAUCCUGCACCUGCUUUGUUAAGGUAUCUUAACAGCUGUCAUUUUCUGGAAUCACUCACCCUGCUUCUGUCUAUUCCUGCAACCAACGCUCACCCUGGCUUACUGCAAUCCAUUAAGGACUUGAUUAAGUUCCUAAUUCAGAUACAAAAUGGUCUUUUAUUCCUUAGUGCAGAGUAUGAAGUGACAAAUCUGCUCAUCAGGGCUUUGUCUCAGACUUAUGAUCAAGAUCAAGAAGAUAGCGGCAAUGAUGAUGCAUUGGCUAUAUGGCUCUUGUACUCAUUACAGGCAUUACAGUAUGUUUCUGAACUGUUUGACUACUUGAAUCGAGGUUUGGCGGCUGAGGAAACUGACCGUGCGGACAUAUUAGGAACUCUUCAUAGCCUUUACCUGAUUACUUUCAAUCCAAUUGGAAGAAGCGCUGUGUCCCACGUUCUGCACCUGGACAAAAAUCUUUCUAGUCUCAUUACUCUAAUGGAAUACUAUUCCAAAGAACUCCUGGGGGACACAAAGUCCAGAAAAUCUGUUGCAUGCAAUUAUGCAUGCAUGCUUAUUUUGCUAACAGUGCAGUCUAUCCAUGAUGGACAAAUGUUGGAACAGCAUUCUGCUGGACUUCUGAGACUUUGCAAAGCUGAUGACACCAACCCCAAACUACAGGAAUUAAGUAAAUGGCUGGAGCCACUGAAAAAUCUGAAGUUUGAAAUUAAUUGUAUUCCUACUCUUCUUGAAUAUAUCAAGCAGAACCUGGAUAAUUUAACCAUUCAGAUGACUCAGGAAGGUGCUGGAUUAACCACCGCGCUGCGUGUCCUUUGCCAUAUUGCCUGCCCACCUCCCCCUCUUGAAGGUCAGCAAAAAGAUCUGAAGUGGAACCUUGCAGUUAUUCAAUUGUUUUCAGCAGAAGGAAUGGAUAUAUUUAUUCGCAUUCUGCAAAAACUAAACAGUGUCCUAAUAUUGCCCUGGAGGUUGCAUGCAAACAUGGGAACCACAUUGCAGAGGAUUAUGAUCCUUUCUAUCACAAGAUGCACCCUUUCUCUUUUAAAGGCAAUGCUGACUGAACUUCUGAGGGGAGGGUCAUUUGAAUUUAAAGAUGUACGUAUUCCUGCUGUAUUGGUUACCCUCCACAUGGUCCUUUGCUCCAUACCUUUAUCUGGGCGACUGGACGAUGAAGAACAAAAGAUUCAAAAUGACAUAGUUGAUAUUCUACUUACUUUUACUCAAGGUGUUAAUGAACAGGUCGCUUAUUCUGAAGAGUCUCUAGCAAACAACACGUGGUCAUUAAUGUUAAAGGAAGUCCUUUCCUUUGUACUGAAAACGCCAGAAGGAUUUUUCUCUGGAAUGUUGCUACUUUCAGAACUUUUGCCUUUUCCAUUGCCCAUGCAAACAACACAGUCCAGUGACCUGAAUGGUGGAUGUACAAAAAGGAAUUUUAAGCCAAUUUCAGCAGAAGGUGUAGCUAUUGCACUGAAUACCCGAAAACUCUGGAGCAUUCACCUUCAAAUACAGGCAAAGUUUUUGCAAGAAAUAGUACGUUCCAGCUUUGGAUCCACCUGUCAGCCUUUACAACAGAUUCUCAGACGUGUGUGUAUGCAACUCUGUGAUCUGGCUUCUCCCACAGCUCUUCUUAUUUUGAGGACUGUAUUAGAUCUGAUUAUUGAAGAAUUAAGCAGUCCUUUAGAAGGGAAAGACAAGACCCUCACUGCCCAAACUGCACGGCUGCUUGCAUUACUGGAUUCUUUAGCUUCCCACGGAGCUUGUAAGGCUGCUCUCCUGCAUCUUUUAAGUGGAACAAGCAAGGGUGAUGAGAGAUUUGCAGAAGUAUUUCGGGGGAUGCUGGAAUUGUUACGGACAGUGGUAGACAAUGUACAUCAUCAGCAUUGUGCUGAGUAUGUUGCUUCUUUUAUGCAGUCCCUCUGUGACCAGGACAUUUCGUUGAUCUUGAAUAAUUCAGCUGAGGGAUCUAGUUCUGACCUGGAGCAGCUGUCCAAUUCCCUGCCAAGUGGAGAGUUUUUGUCAUCAAUUUGUGAUACUUUCUUGCAAGCACUGGCUAAUAAUGAGACCACAUAUACCACAGUUCUUACCUGCCUCAGGACUAUGAUAUUUUUAACAGAACAUGAAUAUGGCUUUUUCUAUUUGAAGAGUGCUUUGAGGCAAUUUAAUAACGCCCUCUAUUCUCUGCUAAACCGUGUGGUUCAUAACUUCAACAAAGAAAUGGCUGAGUUGGCUUCCUCAUUGCUGGAUUUUCUGCGGCAGAUCAUAAAUACAGACGGUUUGGCCAGCUGUGGAGAGGAAGGUGGUCCUAUGGAGGUGGAUGGGCUCCAGACUCCCCGAUCUUCAGCACUCAGUGCUGCAGAAGUGAAACAGCUGUUAAAGUGGAAGGAAUCUACUGAUGAUCACUUGCUGUUUGAACUUGAUAAAGUUCUAACGGAGCUGUGUAAAGAGGAUGAUAGUUUUGACUCUUUACUAGAAAAUGUUGUUGGAUUGCGACAGAUAUUGGAAACUACUUCAGAUGUUAUGCCACCCACUGAGCAGGAUGUUGAACCUGUCCUUCCAGCUGCAGAACCUCUUCCUGUCCAGUUUAACAACAGGACCGUAUAUGUGUUAGCGGAUGUUAUGGAUGACCAGUUAAAGAGCCUGUGGCUUUCCCCAUUCCAAACUGAGGAGCUUGACACAGAUUUGGAUAUGGUCAAGGUUGACUUGAUUGACCUAGCUGAGAAGUGCUGCUGUGAUAUGGACUUGAAGGCAGAACUGGAAAGAUCAUUCCUUUCAGAACCUUCUUCUCCUGGUAGAACCAAGGUAUCAAAAGGUUUUAAACUGGGAAAACAUAAACAUGAGACCUUCAUCACUUCCAGUGGAAAAUCUGAAUAUAUAGAGCCUGCUAAACGAGCUCAUGUGGUGCCACCUCCACGGGGACGAGGCAGAGGGGGAUUUGGCUCGAAUUGCAGACCUCAUGAUAUAUUCAGGCAACGGAAGCAAAAUACAAGCAGACCACCCUCGAUGCAUGUGGACGAUUUUGUCGCAGCAGAGUGCAAAGAUGUUCCUUCCUCUGGUCCACCACCACCAAAAAGGACAAAUAAAGGACCUCAGAAAGCUCCUCGUGGUGGAUUUUCUGGGAAUAGGGGACGAGGUGUCUUUCACAGUCAAAACCGCUUCUUUACACCUCCUGCACCCAAAGAAGACCUACCUUUUAUUCCAGGUCAUGCAGUAGGACUUCUGCAUCCCAGCACUAGAAACCAAUUUCAUUUGUGCGGUGGUAUUUCAAGCCCUUUUUAUGCAGCAAACAGUCUGGAUGAAUGGGGAAACUACAGCCGGCGUGAAGGAGGACGAGGCUCGAGCUGGAGUGCCCAGAAUAGCCCUCGUGCUACGUACAAUGAAAACCGAGGUGGUCAGAGCAACUUUAACAAAGCUCCCCCGAGCAGGCAGCCAUCUGCAGGCUAUCGGCAGAGUCCCCGCGAUCGUACAUCAAGGGGUCGGGGUGCAGGGCCGUCAUGGGGAGGUGGCGGCUCAAGAGGAAAGUUUAGCGGAGGAAGUAGUGGAAGGGGAAGACACGUGCGAUCAUUUACUCGUUAAAUGGGGUUUUUUUUGCACAUUCUCUUUAUCAGUGAACAAUUAAAUGUUUUCCCCUCAAGACGAUGAAGUCGUGAGAGAGAUUCUGUAGUGGAGUAUGUGGCACUGACGGACCAAUAUUUGGCACCAGUAAUUUCUGGCAGUGAGAUUUAGUUUAAAGAAGUGGAUAUUUUUGUUGAAGAAAUUUGGAAGAUGUUGUUCUUUUAUAACAGUAUUGAAAUUUUAAUAAAAUUGAUCAAAAAGGUGUGUUUCAUAA